AUGCGGUUAUUGUGCCGCCGAAUCCCCGAGCCUUGCCGCCCCGGUCAACACCACCGCACCUUAGUCGAUUUCGCCGCAAUUAAGCACGUCCGCGACCGGGGUUUCGACCAUGCCGUGGAGAGGGAAAUGCAUCUGAAGCCUCUAUUGCAGCUGAAGAACUUCAUAAAAUCGGAGCCGGCAAAGUCUCUGCCGCUUCCUCUCAUCUCCCAACACAAGGAUUCCCUCCAGAUACCCACUCGCCCCAUCGAGUUCAUCCGCAAAUACCCUUCGGUCUUCGAGGAAUUCCACCCCGGCGGCUUAGGGAUUCACCCCCACAUCAAGCUCACCCAACAGGUACUCGAUCUCGACGCUGAAGAGCAAUUAGUUUACCAGAGCGAAAGUUACAGGCAGAAUGUUGCCGAUAGACUUGUUAAGCUGGUAAUGCUAGCGCGAAUUGAUAAAAUUCCGUUGAACGUUCUUGAUUGCAUAAAAUGGGAUCUGGGUUUGCCUGAUGAUUACGUGAAAAGCAUAGUUCCCGAGUUUCCUGAUUACUUCAGGGUUGUGGGUAGCAAGAAUUCGUCGUCCCGGUUGGGGCCAGAGAUGGCAUUGGAGUUGGUAUGUUGGUGUGAUGAAUCUGCCGUUUCAGUGAUGGAGAAGAAGGCCAAAAGUGGAGGUAAGGUUUACGAAAAGGGGAAGCCUCUUUCGUUCGAGAUGCAGUUUUCGACAGGUUUUGAGAUGGACAAGAAGGUGAAGAAGUGGUUUGAUGAAUGGCAGAAGUUGCCUUAUAUCUCUCCAUAUGAAAAUGCAACACACCUCGGCUCUACUACUGAUGAGGCGGAUAAAUGGGCAGCCGGAGUUUUGCAUGAGCUUCUGAAUCUGUUUGUUUCAAAGAAGGCUGACAAGGAGGAUUUGCUAUACGUGGGAGAGUGGUUGGGCAUUCGAUCAUGGUUCAAGAGAGCAUUGCUUAACCACCCUGGGAUAUUUUAUGUUUCUGGUAAAUUGGGAACAUAUACAGUAGUUCUAAAGGAGGGGUAUAAAAGAGGAUGGCUAGCUGAGAAGAACGAACUUGUUGAUAUUAGAAGUCGAUACAUGCAUCUUAUGCACUUGGUGCCUGAGGGUCAUCAUAAAGCAACUACCAAUGCCCCUGCUCGAAACAAGAAAGAAGAGAAGAAGGCAUCUAAGCAACCGGGAGAGAAAGAUGAUAAUCGUGAAAAGGAUGCUGCAGCUUCUAAAGUAUCCGACCUUGAUGAUGAUAGUGAUGAUGAAGAUGCAUAUGAGGAUGAUGAUGAAGAAGAAGAAGAUGAUGAUGAUGAAGAAGUAGCGGAUAAGAACCGUGGUCGUGGAAAUGCUGAAAUCAAGAGGGGGAGAGCAGGUGAUGUAAGGAAUAAUGAUGUGAGGGGACCUUCAAGGAGUCCAAGAAGAGGAAGGUCAGAUGAUAGACCUUAUAGGAAGAGUAUGGAUGUGAGAGCAGAAUAUUCCAAAAGAACUGAAACACGAAGGAAUUUGGACACAAGGGGGCGUUCAAGGGAUUCAAGAAGUGAACUUCCGGAUGAGAAACCCCGUAGGAAUAUGGAUAUGAGGGGACCUUCAAGUGGUCCAAGAAGAGAAAGGUCAGUUGAUAGACCUUAUAGGAAGAGUAUGGAUGCGGGAGCAGAAGAUUCCAGAAGAACUGAAACACGAAGGAAUUCGGACACAAGGGGGCGUUCGAGGGAUUCAAGAAGUGAACUUUCGGAUGAGAAACCCCACAGGAGUAUGGAUAUGAGGGGACCUUCAAGUGGUCCAAGAAGAGAAAGGUCAGUUGAUAGACCUUAUAGGAAGAGAAUGGAUAUGAGAGCAGAAGAUUCCAGAAGGACUGAAACACGAAGGAAUUCGGAUGUGAGGGAGCGCUCAAGGGAUUCAAGAAGGGAACACUCAGAUGAGAAACCUUAUAGGAAGAGUGCAAAUGAAGCGAGGUCAGACCAUUCCCAAACAAGUGGCCCCCGUACACGGAGUAAUUUCAGGGGAAACACGGGUAAAAGGGCAGAUUCCCCUAAGAACAUGAAGAAAUCUGUAACUGAUGAGAGUAUUGCUAGUUAGUGUUGAAACAUAAAUUUGGCAGGCAGUGCAACCCAGAUGGGUUUUCUUCAGGUUCAUGAGGUUCGAAGUGGGGUUUACUAUAAUUAUACAGGAAGAAGAAACUAGUUUUCCAAAAGAACAAAUUGGCUGGCAGCUCGAAUGAAAGGCAAGUUCCUAUAAACCAGAGGAUCUUCU